AUGAAGAAGGGCUCGCUCCACCUCCUGGGCCGAAAGGACAAGUCGCUGUUUGCAACCAACGUGAAAAUGAAGGACAUGGAUGGUGUGGAGCUGGUAUUGGCCUCUGGCAGCAUCCUGGAGUCUGGGACUGCCAGCGUAAGAGCGCGGCCCACGGUCAAACACUUUUCUUCGUCUGACAACUUCCAGGCGUUUGCUGUCCCUACACCCACAGUGCCCCACUAUUCACCAGUGUUCAAUGGUGCAAAGAUCAAUGGUUCAGUGAGCGACGACCAGUCCUCUAACGGAUCGACUAUAUCUGUAACCGACCCGAUUGAGGGUGAGAUCUCUGUCCCAGCUCCUCCAUCCAUGGCGCCGCCUCCUCCCCCCGAGGAGCUCUUCUUCCUCCCUCCUCCAGAGUUCAUGGGCGACCUCAACACUCUCCGCCCCCCUACACCGUCGGCCAAAAAACCAGCCUCACAAUUUGUCUCUCUGCAAGAAGACAAUUUCAACUUUUUGGCCCCUCCACCGAUGACCCCACCAAAGCCACAGUCUACAACAUCAAGCGGUUCUGUGCCCAUUUCUAGUCCCAACAUUCCCGAGCAUCCCAAAUAUGCACCACCGCAGCCACCUCCUGAAAAACCAAAAUCUGUCAAGCACCCACCCCCGAAGCCUAUUCGAAUAUCGUCCGUGCAGAGUAUGGACUCUCCCCCACACACCCCUGCACCUCCUCCCCCAGUACACACCCCGACAUUGUCUACAUUCAACCCCCAGUCCCCUGCAAAGCUCGAAUGUUCAAGAAAAUAUAAAGGCGGUGGUUCCGAAGCCGAUGCAAGAGUUGAGGGAAAUAGAGACAGCUCCAAAGAUAAGAAUUCCGGCUCCCCCAUCAAUGCCGCCUCCUUCAUCAACACCGCCUCCCCCAUCAACACUGCCUCUCCCGUCAACACCGCCUCUCCCAUCAAUGCAGCCUUCACCGACCCCUGCACGCAAACCGCUCACGGCUGCAAGUUUGAAAGAGAUUAA